CGAGGAAACGCGAAAAGGAAAGGGUUUGGAAGUCUGGACAGUGAGAGAGAGGCAAAGAGGAUUCGUAACAUAUACGCGCGCCUCCAAAGAUGACUUUUCCUUUUCAGUCAAAGUACAUGCACAGUUGCGCACAGUUUCCAUAGUAUUUCACUUUUUUGAUAGCGUAGAUUGUGUUCUUGUCGCUCAGUGAAUUGGUCAAUUCGUGUUCUGUCUGGGACAGAAGGCGCAUGGCGAGCAUCUGGGACGGCGUUCUGGAGCAAACCAAGUCGGCUCAGGAGAAGAACACUGAUCCUCUCCUCUGGGCGAUUCACAUCAACUCCGCCCUUAACGCCGCCGGUGUUUCUUUGCCUUCAGUCGAGCUCGCCGACUGUUUAGUCUCUUACAUCUGUUGGGAUAAUCAUGUGCCCAUCACGUGGAAGUUUCUCGAGAAAGCCUCGACUAUCAAUAUCGUCCCUCCUUUGUUCGUCGUCGCACUUCUUUCUGCCAGGGUUGUUCCAAACAGACUGCUCCAACCUGCAGCCUACAAACUUUAUAUGCUGUUCCUCAAGAGAUAUGCCUUUUCUCUUUCAUCUCAUAUCAGUUGUCCAAGCUACGAAAAGAUUAUGAAAUCAAUUGAUGAUGUUCUUCAGCUUUCCCAAGUGUACGGCCACAAGGAGUGUGAACCUGGAGUUAUUCUUGUUGAAUUUAUCUUUUCUAUUGUGUGGCAGUUGCUUGAGGCAUCAUUAGAUGAUGAAGGAUUACUGGAGAAUGUCCCAGAAAAUAAGCCUACAUGGCUAACCAAGUCGCACAAUAUGGAUAUUGAUGGUCCUGACUGCUUCAGUGGAAAGAACCCUGAUCAGAAGGAUGGGCUGCCAAAAGCAAACACAGCAAUGGCUAUUGAGAUUAUUGGAGAAUUUUUGCAGAAUAAAAUAACUUCAAGGAUCAUUUCAUUAGUUCGUCGAAACAUGCCACUGCAUUGGGAGUCUUUCAUUCAUCAACUGCAGAUGCUUGCAACAAACUCUUCAGUUUUAAGGAUGAAACAUUUAAGUCCAGAUACCCUUUUGCAUUUUCCUUCCAACAUUCAUAAGGUUUUAUAUCAUGAAUGCAAAACAAAGCUGGAGCUUAACGCUAUCAUGGCUGCUGGUUCGCAAAUAUCUUCUCCGAGCCAUUCUCAUGGUGAUAAUUGGUCAUCACUGUGGCUUCCUAUUGAUCUUAUUUUGGAAGAUGCAAUGGAUGGGGUAGGACAAGUUACAGCAAAUAGUGCUGUUGAAAUUAUUUCUGGCUUGGUGAAGGCUUUACAAGCAGUUAAUGGAACUACAUGGCACAAUACAUUUCUAGGUUUGUGGGUUUCAGCACUACGGCUAGUUCAAAGGGAGAGAGAUCCAAGUGAAGGUCCUGUACCUCGACUUGAUACCUGCAUGUGUAUGUUAUUGUGCACCACAACUCUUGUAGUCGCUAAUCUUAUUGAAGAAGAAGAAGGUGAACUAAUUGAAGAAGCUGAACGGAGUCCAACUAAUCGACGAAAAGAAAAACAAGCUUUGGGAAAGCGUCGUGGAGAGUUGGUUACCUGCUUACAGCUAUUGGGUGAAUAUGAGGGCUUACUGACUCCUCCUCAAUCUGUUAAUCAGGUAGCAAAUCAGGCUGCUGCAAAGGCUAUCAUGUUUGUAUCAGGACAUGCAGUUGGCAGUGGAUACUUAGAGUGUUUGAGCGCAAAUGACUUGCCGAUGAAUUGUUCUGGAAAUCUACGGCAUCUGAUUGUUGAGGCUUGUAUUGCUAGAAAUCUACUUGAUACAUCAGCUUAUUUUUGGCCUGGUUAUGUCCAUGCACGCAGCAAUCAUAUACCUCGUAGCAUUCCUGGCCAGAUUCCUGGGUGGUCAUCGUUGCUAAAAGGGUCACCGCUAACUCCUCCAUUGGUCAAUGUUUUAGUUGCAACACCAGCUCCCAGCUUAGCAGAGAUUGAGAAAAUAUAUGAAAUUGCAAGAAAUGGUUCAGAUGAAGAAAGGAUUUCUGCUGCUGCCAUUCUUUGUGGAGCAUCUCUAGUACGUGGCUGGAAUGUGCAGGAGCAUACCAUUAUUUUUAUCACGCUGUUGCUCUCUCCUCCAGCCCCUCCUAAUUACGCUGGGACUGAAAGCCAUUUGAUCAGUCAAGCUCCAUUUUUAAACGUCCUUCUUAUUGGAAUUUCAUCUGUGGACUCUGUUCAGAUUUUCUCCUUACAUGGCUUGGUUCCAUUACUUGCGGGUGCACUAAUGCCAAUAUGUGAGGUUUUUGGAUCAUGUGUUCCGAAUGGCUCAUGGAUGCUUGCUACUGGAGAAGAGCUCUCUUGUCAUGCGGUGUUCUCUAAUGCAUUCACUCUUCUGCUCAGGUUAUGGCGUUUUAAUCGUCCGCCUGUUGAACAUGUGAUGGGAGGCGCAGCAACCCCAGCAUUAGGGUCCCAACUAGGUCCUGAGUACCUUUUGUCAGUUCGGAAUUGUUUAUUAGCAUCCUUUGGAAAAUCGCCAAGAGAUCGAAUGAAAUGCAAAAGACUAUCAAAAAUUAUAACAUUCUCUGCAGAACCCCUUUUUAUGGAGUCCUUUCCGAAAUUAAAUUUAUGGUAUCGGCAACACAAAGAAUGUAUUGCUUCAACACGCACUGGUCUUCCAACUGGAGGACCUGUUCAUCAGAUUGUUGAAGCGCUACUAAGUAUGAUGUUUAGGAAGAUAAAUAGAGGUACUCAAUCUGUGACACCUUCAACUUCUGGAAGCAGCAAUUCAUCUGGAUCUGCAUUCGAUGAUGCUUUGAUGAAACUCAGAGUGCCUGCCUGGGAUAUCCUUGAAGCCACUCCGUUUGUGCUUGAUGCUGCUCUUACAGCCUGUGCUCAUGGAAGACUCUCCCCUCGUGAAUUGGCUACAGGCCUUAAAGAUCUUGCUGAUUUUCUUCCAGCAACUUUGGCUCCCAUUGUCAGUUACUUUUCAGCCGAAGUAACACGGGGCAUAUGGAAGCCAGCUAAUAUGAAUGGAAGUGAUUGGCCAAGUCCAGCAGUAAAUUUGUCCAUGGUUGAGCAACAGAUAAAGAAAAUUCUAGCGGCUACAGGUGUUGAUGUCCCAAGCCUUCCUGUAGGUGGUAACUCUCCAACUACUCUUCCUCUGCCAUUGGCAGCUUUUGUAAGCUUGACAAUAACAUAUAAACUCGACAAAAGUGAGCGCUACCUUGUCCUGAUUGCUCCAGCUAUGAAUGCUCUUGCUUCUGGUUGCCCCUGGCCAUGCAUGGCCAUUGUAGCUUCUUUGUGGGUCCAGAAGGUGAAGCGUUGGAGCGACUUCCUUGUAUUCUCUGCUUCUGGAACUGUCUUCUACCACAGCAGGGAUGCCGCAGUUCAGCUCCUUAAAAGUUGCUUCACAUCAACCCUUGGGCUUGGAUCGACCUCUAUUUAUAAUAAUGGUGGUGUAGGGGCCCUUCUCGGUCAUGGGUUUGGUUCCCACUUCUCCGGUGGGAUGUCCCCAGUUGCUCCUGGGAUUCUCUACCUAAGAGUGUUUCGGUCUCUUAGAGAUGCUAUGUUCUUGACAGAAGAAAUUGUGUCUCUUUUGAUGCUUUCGGUCAGAGAUAUAGCAAGCACUGGUUUGCCCAAGGGACAAGCGGAGAAACUAAAGAAGACCAAAUAUGGGAUGAGAUGUGGACAUGUUUCUCUUGCCACAUCGAUGACACGUGUCAAGCAUGCUGCUCUGCUUGGGGCCUCAUUGGUUUGGAUUUCAGGUGGAUCAGGUUUGGUUCAAUCUUUAAUGAAAGAAACUCUGCCUUCUUGGUUUUUAUCAGAAAACGGGUCAGAGCAGGAAGGCGGAGGAGAAUCUGGACUUGUGGUUGCUAUGCUUAGAGGUUAUGCACUGGCAUAUCUUGCAGUGCUUUGUGGGACAUUUGCUUGGGGUAUUGACUGUUCAUCAACAUCACCAGCAUCAAAACGAAGACCGUCCAUUCUUGGGUCUCAUUUGGAAUUUCUUGCAAGUGCCCUGGAUGGGAAAAUAUCUCUACGUUGUGAUUGGGGCACGUGGCAUGCAUAUGUGUCGGGUUUUGUGAGCUUGAUGGUGCGCUGCACUCCCUUGUGGGUCCUAGAAGUAGAUGUCGAUAUGUUGAAGAGACUGAGCAACGGAUUGAGACAACUGAAUGAACCAGACCUGGCUCUUCGUCUUUUAGAGAUCGGAGGCAAACGUGUCAUGGGGGCCGCAGCUGAAAUGAUAAUUGGAAAGGGGUUUUGAUGGAUCGGAGGCGCAUAUAUGCUGACGAAUCACAUGAUGUCCUGUCUGAGGAAGAUUGUAUAUUCCUUUCUCUGCAGGAAGGAACAAAAUGUGGUUAUCCAAUGCGACAUUUUUGGCUAUACAUGGCAGUUCAAGUUUUUGAUGGAACCAACGAAGACACUGGUCAGGAUGGGUAUCGUCCGGUAGAGAGAAAAACUUCAUAUCAUGCACAACAAUAUGACCGGAGGUUAACUACACUUGGGCUGGAAAUGAUUUAGUUAUAGGCACUGCUUGGGUAUUACUCUUUUCACAUCUCAAAAGCACUCUUUCACUCUUGGGAUGUGAAAUUGUUUGGGUCUAAUUUAAUAAGAUUAAAUGUGCUUUUUAAAAAUUUGUUUGAGAUGA